UUUUUUUUGGUCCAGUUGCAUGUUGCUAUACGCUUGCAAAAGCUGUCAUAACCAUCCUCAAUACCUUGCCUAUAGGACAUACUCGUGUGUGAUCUAAUUUAUAGACUGAAACUUGUUUAUACUGAGUGGUAAUCGUUGGUGGAAGUUUGUGUUUAUGCAGGAUAGCUUAUAUUGCUAAGGAUACGUUUCGGGCUAUUAACAUUAAAGCAGAAGUCAAAUCUGAAGUGAGUGGGAACUUAGUCGUUACCAUCUCAUCUAUAUAUAGACCAGUUGGAUGAAACGGCUGUGUCGUGAUUGCGUGAUAUCCCGUCUCAUAAAAAAAAAACAUUAGUGUGAACACUAAAAAGUAGGUCGUUGAACAUAGGAAAAACAUAGGGACCGUUGCGAAUGGUUUUUCACUGCAGCAAAAUAGUCUGUGCACCUAGGCAUGAUGUUCCACUGCGCUUUCUAUUUUCAUAUUUUACGCGGGUACACCUCAUUUUCCUUUUUGAGGGUGGCUGAAUUUUAACACCAGUCGCUGGAUUGGAUAGUCUGUGCGUUUUAUCCAAAGUGUUGUCAUGCGUAAUUCUAGUGAUGUGCAUUUCCACCAUCACUACCUGUGAAUUAUUGCGCUGCUGGGUGAUGUAGCUAAACAAACGGAACACCAUGGAGCUUCUAGAGGAGGACCUGACUUGCCCAAUUUGCUGCUGUCUCUUUGAGGACCCCCGAGUUCUGCCGUGCUCACACAGCUUCUGCAAGAAGUGCUUGGAGGGGAUUCUGGAGGGGAACAACCGAGGACCUGUUUGGAGACCCCCGUUCAAAUGCCCCAGUUGCCGCAAGGAGACUCCUCAAAACGGCAUAAACAGCCUCCAGAUCAACUACUCGUUACGUGGAAUCGUUGAGAAAUACAACAAAAUCAGAGUGUUACCCAGGAUGGCCCUGUGCAAACACCACAGUGGUCAACCGCUUAAUAUAUUCUGUGCCACAGACUUGAAACUUAUUUGUGGAUUUUGUGCAACAACUGGCGACCAUAAAGGACAUACAUUCUGUGCCCUGGAAGACGCGUACGAGCAGGAGAAAUCCGCAUUUGAGGAGCUGUUCCAGGGAGUGGAGAGCUGGCACAGCACGGAUAUUCUAUCCUGCCUGGAGACACUGGAAGCCAGUAAGAAAAAGGCGCUCCAGUUAGUUUCCAGGGACGCGGAGAAAGUAAACGACUAUUUUGUCAAACUGAUCAACGCCCUGGACCACAAAAAGAAUGAGAUCCUCUCCGAUUUCGAGACGCUGAAGUUGGUGGUGAUGCAAGCCUACGACCCCGAGAUCAAUAAACUGAGCGAUGCGCUGGAGGAGCAGAAGCGCGCUCUCACCAUCGCGGAGUCCUUCAGGAAUGUGACCGACCCCCUCUGCUUUCUCGAGCAGAUGCAGGAGUUCAGGGAGAAGUUGCGCGUUGUCCGGGAAACGCCGCUGCCCUCCCGGACAGACAUGGACGUCGGUCCCCUGGUCAGGAAUUUCGACGUCAAAAACUGGGACUCGAUGAAGCUCAAAGAUGUGGACAAGCUCUCCGUCCCGCACGAGAGUGGCGUGUAUAGCUCAACGACCCCGCAUUCCGGCGGCAGAGCGCUGGGGAGAGUCGUCGUGUUUUUUGUGAGCCUUUUAUGCGCCCUGGUCCUUCUGCAGCCGGACAGCCUGACCGCAGUGUCAGCCCAAAUCUCCUCGCUCGGCCAUGCCUACCUGCCAGUGCUAGCUGGGUGGCUGGAACUGGCUAACGGUGCGUGGCAGUGCUGGGGAGAGGUACUGGAUGCCUGCGUUUGCCUGGUGGGUGCGUUUCUGAACUGUAUCCUGAACCUCUUUAAGACACCUGCCGAUUUUCUUGACCGCCUUGUAAACACAACUAGCGAAUUUCUUAGCCAUUGUACAUUUCUUUAGAUUUCCGAGUGUUAUUUUUGCUACAUGGAUCUGAAGCAAGCUAUGUCAGUCUGAUAUUGAAAGCCUAUAUUGUCCAAGCUAUAAGUAGAUUUAUAGCAAACACUAGAAAGUUAUUCAAGUAUUUACAAGCACAUAUGUAUCAUGCUUUGUGAAUAUAUAUAUAUAUAUAUAUCCUAAACGUAGAACCAUACAACACUAAGUUAAAUCAAAACACUGUUGCUGUACAUUAAAUGUUGUCAUUUGAGUACAGCUAUUUUGGUGAGUGUUAAGCAUCAGCUCUGACCAGGUGCACCAUCCAUCCUUCUCCAAGCCAUAUGAUCAUCACACAGGUCAUAGUCUGUCACCUCAGGAUAUUAUUGACUAUACAUUCCACAGGCUAGAUUAUGUAGGAUAGGCCUAAUAUUUACAUCGAGUUUAAGUGUCUGAGUGUCGUUUAUUUUUGCCUUACUUUUAAUGACCAUCUGUUGAGUUGUCAUAAUGCCUCAUACCCUGUCACCAGACUCAUUUUUUGCCUAAUAAAACAUCAAUUUGG